UCAUUAUUCUUUAACGGUUGACGCAGUCCAGUGAGUUGUGACGACCUUCUCCUUCUAGUAAGAAAUUUAGGAAGUGUUCAUUCAAUUUCUGUUCAUUCGUUAUUUACUUUUGUGUGAAACAACCAACAGGCAAAUAUAAAUUUCAAUUACAAAGAUUUUCUUGAAGGAAAAUACCACAAAACUUGACAAAGACAGAAAUCUUCUCCUUUCAAAAUGGUCCUAUGGAAGCACCUGGUUAGUCUACAAAAGCCAGUUUUGCUUGCAAAGAAUUGCCCAACUUUAACAUCAAAACGUCACUUGUAUAUGUCCAAUUCAUUAUGGAGGCAGCCCUCAAACGGUACAGAUGAAGGGGCUCGAUCACUUUUAUACUACUUUACUGCUGGAGGUGUUCUUAUCGCUGGUCUCAGCUAUGCAGCAGUACCCAUGUAUAGAAUAUUCUGUCAGACAACAGGAUUAGGUGGAGAAGUUCAAGUUGGCCAUGAUGCGAAUAAAAUAUCUACUCUUUCUAAAAGACCUGAACGACAACUUACUAUAAGGUUUACUUCUGAUACAGCAGCAGGCAUGCUGUGGGAUUUCAAACCGCAACAGACUCAAUUAAAGGUCAUUCCUGGUGAGACAGCCCUAGCAUUUUAUACAGCCACAAACCCCACAGACAAAGCAAUAAUUGGAGUUAGUACCUACAAUGUGAUACCUUAUGAAGCAGGACAGUAUUUCAACAAGAUUCAAUGCUUCUGUUUUGAAGAACAAAGAUUGAACCCGCAUGAACAGGUUGACAUGCCAGUUUUUUUCUACAUUGACCCUGAAUAUGACGAUGAUCCAAAAUUGUAUGCUAAAGAUGAAAUUGUUUUAUCGUAUACAUUUUUUGAAGCCAAGGAAGGAAUUAAACUACCUAUACCAUCAUAUGUUAGGAAAAACCACUAGGUUUAUUAAUGUUAAAUUAAUAAGUUUAAAUAUAUUUAUUUUUUAAAUAA